AUGGAAAUUCCUCCCGCUGUUCCUCCAUUUCCGAAGUUGGAUUGGUCUCCUUGGCGUAAUAAGGUCGCGGUUGAGAGCAUAGCUACAAGCAAUGAUUGGCAGAAGCUCAACAAGAUCUUCUAUCCGCCUCGUGGCUCGGAUGGUUUGGCUUUCGAACGGGAGGCUCGAGGAGUAGCUGUUCGCACCGAUCUGGCAGCACCAACACCCCAGCUUUUCAACCGCAAGCAAAACAUUCAAAAGAGGCUGGCUAACUUCCAGCUGGAGAAGCUUCAUGCUGUCAAUCGGGUGAGAAAGGCUCCGAGGGACAAUAACAUCAUGCGGCUCCUCAAUCGCCCCGAGGAUCCUGAAGCUUUCAACUCCAACCUCGCUUCUGCUUGGAAACGCUCCAAGUUGCCCGACUGGUUUCCUCAUCCGUACCACGGCUACGAGAACCUCAAGAUCUAUGUCUCUCACUCAAACUUGAAGCCUAAGAAGGCUGCACAGACCUUUUGGACGCCACCUUUUGAGAUUUUCCUCUGCGGCGACAAACCCAAAACGAUCCUGGCUCGGUGGAAGUUUUUGAUCAUGUUUCGUGGCGAAAUUCUCAACCACCUUAUCCUCUCCCUUCGUGAUCCCGCGGUCCACCCACUCACCAAGAAAGAAUGGCGCGCCAUCUCUUCCGGUGCCGAAUUCCGGUUCCAGUGGCCAAAGGAGAAAUCCUUCCCCGCCUUCGACCCUACUCACUAUUGGCGUGCGGGUCUCAUUCCGCUUUUCGCCACAGAGGCUACCACUAGUGCCAAGGAGGCGGUUCGUACACUGGGAGAUGGAGCGCGGGUCAUCCUGCCGGAUAUGCUCAGCUGUGAUUGUGAGGUGGAUGUAAUUGACUGGGAGAAGGACCAGAAGCUCAAGAUCAGCCUCGCUCUCCUAUUUGCUGAAGUCGCUUUGCUUCAUGAGUUUGCGCUAAUCGACCCCGACCUGACACGUGAGUAUGGUGAGCCUCCGGAGCGUACCAAUUUACCUUUGCUUGGAAACCUGCCUGACCAUCUCAUGAACAAUUCAACUUUCGUCGAGAGGAUGGCUUUACUCUGCCAGGUUGUUUGGUAUGGAGGUCAGACUGAGCUCCGUGGUUGGGAGCGUAAGGACUUUGAUGACCGGAAGAACUGGGUCUGGCACGUAUCUUGCUACCUGGAGCCAUUAUGGUGA